AAUCCUAUGUAGGCAAUCAGCUGUCAUUUUUAAAAUGUCUGAAAACAUAUGAACUUUUAAUAUAUAAACAACCGUAUAACGGUUCAUUUUAACUGAUACGCUGUCUUAAAGGGAAAUUUUAUUGACUUUAUUUUUUGGAAUUGAUAAAAGCAACAAAUGAUGGAAAAGUAUUUUAACGUUGAUGAAGUAUUGGGGGAUUCCAAUAAUUGCCCUGAAUAUACGCCAAAGUUGUACACACUUCUCAAUUUACUAUCAACAUAUAAGGAGGAAAAUUAUAUAGAAAUUCAACCCAUUCUGGCUUACUUUUCGGAGAAAGAAAUAAAUACGCCUCUACCGAAUGGUCAUACUUUUGUAGGGAUAUUAGUUACUAUACCGGAUGAAAGACCUCUAAAAAUAGCUCUUGAAAGAGGAGGUGAUCCUAAUCAAAUGCCUGCAAAUGAAAAUGACGUCUUACCACUACUGAAAGCAAUUUCUUUGAAUCAUAUAAAUCACAUUGAGCUUCUUUUAGCUUACGGUGCUAACUACAGUAUUAUUCCAAAUUGUCUUGAUAAUAUUCUUAAUAUAGCUGUUACAAAAAAUCAAGUACAGCUUUUUCGAAAACUAGCUACAAAUGCUACAGCUGAAGUUCUUCAGCGUCAACUAUCUACUGCAAUUAUUAACCGUUCAAUUGAAAUAAUUCAUCUCCUUGUAAGACUUGAAGCUGACUUGAAUCAAGUUGAUGAUGGACUAUCACCUCUCGUAAUCGCUGCAUCUAAAGGAGAUGAAGAUCUUUGUAAAAUGUUAAUUCAUUUAGGCGCAAAAUUGAAUAGGGAUUCAGGAUCUCAGCAAGAUGCACCGUUAAUUUUGGCUGUUAAAAGUAGUAGCUAUACAGCGGUUAAAACUCUACUAAAAUUAGGUGCUGAAUAUAAUGUGACGGAGGGUACAACUCAAGUGUCCUGCGGACCCUUUCAUUAUCAUACUGUACCGGUCGGUAAUUCUUCACUUCAUUUGGCUGUUUUACAAAAUAAUGAAAUAAUAGCCAAAAUGUUGGUUGAAGCUGGAUCAAAUUUGAAUCAAAGAAAUUAUGAAGGUGAUACACCUUUACAUUUAGCUUGUAAAGAUAGAGAGAAAGGAUAUGAAAUGGUGAAACUUCUAAUUAAACUUCACGCUGAAAGACACGCUAGAACAGCAGCUGCUGGAGGAGAUAAAGCAAUGAGAGGAGGUCAUGAAGAAACAUGUCACUGCGACAAUUGUAAUCGUUAUCGCUUAACUAGGCAAUGUUUACAAUUAAAUGCUAAAAACUGCUUAGAGUGUACACCUCUUAUGGAGGCCAUACAGUCUAAAAAUGUAGCCGUUGUUGAUCUCCUAUUAUGUGAUGGGGCUGAUCCGUGUGUACGUUGCGAGGCCGUAACAAUGACAACGACAGCCUUGCAUCUUGCCGUGAAAGUACAAAGUAUAGAAGUGUGUCAGAAACUGUUGAAAGCUGGCUGUUCCGUCGACUCUUACGAUAAGGAUGGUUUUACAAGCCUACAUCUUGCUGCUUCGAAAGGUGACUUGGAGAUCGUUAAGUUACUAAUACGAGUUGGUGCCAAUUUAACAAAUUUGACAAUAAAAGAUGAGAAUCUUUUACAUUUGGCCGUUGGAUCCAAAUCGAAAGAACUUAUUCACUACAUACUGGAGCAUAAUCUCAUCGACAUUUCUGCACAGAAUGCUUUUCAAUGGUCACCUUUGAUGCUUGCAGCUAGGAUUGAUACACCGUGGCCUACUGCUUUACUUGUAAAAUAUGGUGCACCAUUGAACGCUCGAGAUAUGAAUGGGGAAACAGCUUUACUUCACGCUGUUUAUUUUGGAAGCGAGCAUAACGCAUCAAUAUUAAUUGCACAUGGCGCUGAUAUGAAUAUUGGUGACAGAGGAGGUUGUACACCCCUCUAUUGGUGUAUUUUCAAUGGUCGAAUACGUACACUUCAGCUAUUACUGUUAGCUGGAGCAAGUUUAACGAUGAAUGAAUUUUUAAGAUAUCCAUGUAACGUUUCUACAAUGCGUGAUGAAAGGUUGAAAAAGUGGGUAGAACGGCACUUAACUUGUCCCUCCCGUUUAGAAAAUCUUGCCCGUUUGAGUAUUAGGAAAAAAAUUUCAUGUUAUUCUCAAGGGAAAGAUAUCGCUCCACUAAUCAAUAAACUACCAUUACCAUCUCCCUUAAAAAGGUUUCUCCUUUUCUACGUAGAUUAUAAUAAUACAAUUGAGAGUAAUCUGUGUGUCAAAGAAGAAUUUGAUGAGGAAAUGGAUUUCCUUUGGUAAAUAUUUAUAAAAAAAAAUGAUUAUUAUUUACUGUAUAACAAAGUUCAAGAUUUAUCUCCUCAACUAUAUGCAGUAAAUAUGCUUUAUGUAUUAAUUUCACACAAAAAGGAAGAUAUUCUUGCUCUUUAUUAAAAAGACUUCCAUUCGGAAUUGUAAACGUGAUGACUUGAGUAAACUAUUUUUAAGACUAUUAAAUUGAUUAUUAAUUAUUAAAGGAAAUAUACUCGAGCAUAUUCUUUCCGACGAGAGAUGAAGAUGUAUAAGAUAUGGCACGUUUAAAGUCUGAUCUAAUUUUUUUCUUCCCAUCUGAACUUGAAAUAAAUAGGGAUAGAUGAUACGUUGCUUAUGACCUAUUUCUCUUAUAAUAUUUGAGAGAAAAGUGAGCCAAAGAUUUUAAAAAAUUUUUGUUCAAAUGUUCAACUUUUAUUUAAUUUUACAUUUGUAUUGAGAGAUCGUCUCUUACAAUUGUAUAUGUUGCCUAGAUUUGAAAUAAAUAAAAACAAUUUAUUUACACAUUAAAA